AAUUCCAGCAGUUGCCUUGCGCACGUCGAUCGUAACAGUUGUGUGCCCGUUGCCUGUGCCGUUAGCCGUGUUAAUAUCCGGUAUUAAUUGAGUGGAAUACAUUAGUAAAUAAACGAAAAGUCAUGUUGAAGUCAAUUGUUUUCUCCUGCCUUCUGGUGGCCUUCAGCGGCGUUCACUGCAGCGAACUGAAAGUGGAUGUGAUCAGUGUGCCCGAGAUUUGUGAUCAGAAAACGAAGAGCGGCGACUCACUCACCAUGCACUACACUGGCACACUGCUGGCCGAUGGCAAGAAGUUCGAUUCGAGCUUUGACCGCGACCAGCCCUUCACAUUCCAAUUGGGCGCCGGACAGGUGAUUAAGGGCUGGGACCAGGGACUGCUGGACAUGUGUGUCGGCGAGAAACGUAAGCUGACAAUUCCCCCACAGCUGGGCUAUGGCGAUGCGGGUGCCGGCAAUGUGAUCCCACCGAAGGCAACACUGGUCUUUGAUGUGGAGCUGAUCAACAUUGGCAAUGCGCCGCCCACCACGAAUGUGUUCAAGGAGAUCGAUGAGAACGCCGACAAGCAGCUGAGCCGCGAAGAGGUAAUCGUCUAUGUCAGUGAAUAUCUGAAGAAACAGAUGACCGCUGUGGAGGGUCAGGACUCGGAUGAGCUGAAGAAUAUGCUGCAGGAGAACGACAAACUGGUCGAGGAGAUCUUCCAGCAUGAGGAUAAGGACAAGAAUGGUUUCAUCUCGCACGACGAGUUCUCGGGUCCCAAGCAUGAUGAGCUGUAAGUCUGCGGCUAGGACAAGUGCUUAAGUUAUAAUCUAUCUAUAACUAUCUAUGUAUAAAUACCAAUACCAAUACAACAACAACAACAACAACAACAGCGACACCAACAACAACAAAUAAAGCAACACGCGACACAUGAACAUGAGACAACAACAACAACAACAACAUAUUCCAAUAACAAUGAAAGAACGAGUGGACUGACGCCCCUUCAAUUACACCCCAAAAUGCAGGGGCGCUUUUAAUGUUUUUUGCCCGCCCUUCAAGA